AUGGACAAGCCUAUAGAACCCGAGAAGCAGGAACACCUCGAAGAUGUCGACAUCGACACGGUCAAAAACCAUGAUGAGACGCUACAAGAGCACGGGGAGAUAGACGUCUAUGACGAAAAGUACAACAAGAAACUCAACCGGCAACUAGACCUACGCGUUCUACCUCUGUGUUGCUGGGUAUAUCUCUUGAAUUUUCUUGAUAGGGGAAACAUUGGUAAUGCUCGCGUGCUCAACACAGAGACAGGCGACGACAUGCUCAGUAAUACGGGCCUGACACCUCACGGCUACGCUCUGACCGUCACUCUCUUCUCCGUCGCGUAUGCCGUGUUCGAAGUACCAAGCAACUUCGUUAUGAAGCACUACAUCCGACCUUCUAGAUGGCUCGGCAUCCUUCUUUUCGCUUGGGGAGCCUUAACGAUUGGGUUUGCGGGUGUACAGAACAGUGCUACGAUCAUCGCUUUGAGGUUCUUGAUCGGAGUCUUCGAAGCCGGUUUCUUUCCUGGAAUUGUCUACUUCAUCACGAUCUGGUACCGCUAUAACGAGCGGGCUGUUCGCAUCGCUCUCGUCAUCGCGUUCUGCAACCUUGCUGGUGCCUUCGGAGGCGCCAUCGCAUUCGGAGUCGGCCAUAUCAACGGAGCGGCAGGUCUUGAAGGAUUCCGCUGGCUCUUCAUCAUCGAAGGAAUUAUCACCCUACUAUCGGCGUUCCUUCUGUGGUUCUUCCUGCCCGACUACCCAGCUAGAGCGAAGUGGCUCAGCAACGCCGAAAAGAAAUUCGCUAUUGAUCGUCUGGCUGACCGAGGCGGUGGAUAUAAUCAGGAACAUGCUAGCAAGAAAGAGAUUUUGGACACCUGCUUCAGUCCACGCAUGCUGCUACACUACAUUGCGUAUGUAGCCGACGUCGUUCCUCAGGGGUCAUUCACGUUCUUUACGCCCACUAUCGUUACCGGACUAGGCUACGAGUCCAUUCAUGCACAACUUCUGACUGUCCCACCAUGGGUCGUGGGCUUCUUCGUAGCCAUCACAAUCUCUUACUCUGCGGACCACUUCAACGCUCGUGGGUGGCAUAUCACCAUCGCAUCACUCAUAGGAGGUACUGGCUGGCUGACCGCUGGCCUUCUUCCCGCCGACGCCUAUGUUCAGCGCUACGGCUGCCUAUGUAUGGCCGCUGCAGGUGCCUUCCCUGCAGCACCUUCCAUGACGAAUUGGGUGACCUGCAACUCGCCGAGCUUCCUCACCUUGCCACUCGCAAUCGCGCUGCACAACAGCUGCGCAGGUAUUGGUCAGAUCAUUGCGCAAUGGAUUUGGAUGAACGACGAGCGAAGUCAAGGCUUCCCGACAGGCAACUUCGUGUGUGCGGCAUGUAGCUUCCUGGUGGCGGCAAUCGCUACAACACUCAGGCUGUGGUAUGGGAGGAUGAACAAGCUUGAAAGGUCAGACAGUAGGGGUGAUCAGAGGGUUUGGGCAUUGUAG